AUGGCCAAAGCUACCACUAGCAGGGUCGAGCCUGGAAGAAAGAGGAAGCGAAAGGAUGAAACAUUUCGUAUCUCGAAGAAGAGCCGGACGGUGACAGUGGACUCCCCCCGGGAAGUCGACUUCCAAGAUCAAGCUCUGCAGCUCGAAGAAAAAAUAUUUCAAUCAAGGACCAAUUACAACAACAUACAUACGCUACUACAAUAUUUGCAAGAAAAAGUUGGGGCAUUGGACGAAGACAUUGUUGCCGCGGUGACACUCUGUCGAGUGUUCUGUAAAUUGAUGGCUGGAGGAAAUCUGAGCAAGCUCCGAGAAGGCUCUGGUAAUGAAGCUACAAUAGUGCAAUGGCUCAGAGAGAGGUUGCAGGACUAUGAGCAAGGAUUGUUGCGGUUGCUUAGAAACGGAGGAACUGGUAAACAGAGCACGGCAUUGACCGUCGUUAUGCGACUAGUCAAGGAGAAAGCGUUACACUUGAAUCAAUCUGAAGACGCUGUCUGGCAAAAUGGUCUUUUCGGAAAACUUGUCCAGACUCUGAUCGAGGAAAAUGUUGCCGAAGAAACUAGGGCCGAAUUCGUGGAAAAGUAUGUCGAAAAAUACGACGACGUCCGAUACUAUACCUUUGCCUGUUUGGCUGACCUCGCCUCCAACAAUGGUCCCGAUGCUCUUGUGCAAAACAUACUCACUAUCAUGGCCGUCAUAGAAUCGAUCCCAGAACAGCAGGAAGAGAUUGGAAUCUUUUACGUGGGGUCUCCCAACAAAUCAAAGCGCGAUAUACACUCAAUGCCUGCACAUAAGAAGCAGGCUCAGAAGGCAUGGAUGGCACUGCUGCGUCAAGACCUUAGCAAAAACCAGCGCAAAACAAUCCUCGAGCUGAUGUCAUAUCGAAUAGCGCCAUGGUUUCUGAGAGUGGAAUUACUCAUGGACUUUUUAACGGACUCAUUCAAUGUUGGCGGGUCAACUUCGCUACUCUCGCUCUCUGGUCUUUUCUAUUUGAUCCAGCACAAGAACCUGGACUACCCCCAGUUCUAUCGGAAGCUCUACUCUCUACUUGAUUCUAGAAUACUCCACUCGAAGCACCGCUCGCGCUUCUUCAGACUUCUCGACACCUUCUUAGCAUCGACGCAUCUGCCAGCAGCUUUGGUAGCAAGCUUUGUCAAGCGGCUCGCCCGCUUAAGCCUCUUCGCACCACCAUCAGGGAUUGUUGUUGUAGUACCUUGGAUAUAUAACCUUCUGAAGAGUCACCCUAGCUGUACUUUCAUGAUCCACAGAAUUGGCGAGGGUGAUCAAGACGAAGAAACGUGGGGAGAUCCUUUUGGACAGGGGGAAUCAGAUCCCAUGGAGACACAUGCACAAGAGAGCAGUCUAUGGGAGAUCCAGAUGCUCCAGUCGCACUACCAUCCAAAUGUUGCAACUAUCGCAAAAAUAAUCUCGGAGCAGUUCACAAAGCAAGCAUACAAUCUGGAAGACUUCCUGGAUUACUCCUAUGGUACCAUGCUCGACGCGGAACUCUCGAAGGACAUCAAGAAGCCCCCAGAAGUUGAGUAUGAGAUACCUAAGAAGAUAUUUAUGAAGCAUGAUGGAGAUUCAGCCAACGAGGACAGCCUUCUUGGAAAGCUUUGGAGCUUUAAUUAG